ACGCGCCGCGCGCUUAGCCACGCCCCCACCCUGUAGCGUUUUCCGGUGUCGAUGUUUGGUUGCUGCAAUUUCCAAAAUUCUGAGUAAUUUUAAACGGUUUUAUUUCCCGACAGCAAACGCGACACCGCUUCUCUUUAUAAUGGAUGUGUAGCGUGUAAUUAUCAUUCAGAAUAUUCAUGAGGGAGUUCUGACGUGUCCUCUGAACGGGAAGUUUGAGUGGUUUCGUCGUCUGUGUAUGUUUUGCGUGAGCUAUGUUAAACCCAACACAAACCUGCGGACUGCUGGUUUUAUUACUGAGUGUGUUCUGCGGUCAUUUCGGCUGGGGAUGGUUUAAAAACAACGCCAAGAGCGGAAGCCCACAGAAGGAGCCUGUUUACGGAAAUACUCCGGACAGCCAGGACCAAAGUUGCUUGUGUCACUUAACGGGGGUCUUGGACGACUGUUUCUGUGACAUCGAGAGCAUCGACGUCUUCAACAACUUCAAAAUUUAUCCUCAAAUCCGCAAGCUCACAGAGAGAGACUUCUUCCGAUACUACAAGGUGAAUUCAUGUCUUAAAGAGUUACUCUUGCUAUGUGAACCUCACAGAAUAUGUAUUUUCUGGAUUGAUUUUGGUGUUUGCUCGAUCAAAGACUGUCACGUAGAGCUAGAUUGAGUGAGUAAAGUUCCUGUAGGAAUUAAAUCUGGCAACUAUAACAAGGCCAGUCACGCGGUAAUGAGCUUGAGUGAUGUUAGAGAGUGUGAACAGGCUCAUGAACUGGGCGCCGUGAACAACACACUGAGUAAUCAGAGUAAGGAGGCGUUUGAAGACUGGGCUCAUCAUGACGACGCUCAGGAUCACUUCUGUGGGUUAGACGAUGAGAUGUCUCCUGAUGCGGAGUACGUGGAUCUGCUGCUGAAUCCGGAGCGAUACACCGGAUAUAAAGGACCCUCGGCCUGGAGAGUGUGGAACAGCAUCUAUGAGGAAAACUGCUUCAAUUUGUCUGUAACUCAACUCUCUCCUCUGUCUCUCCUCUCAGGUGAUGAUGAUGGUGAAGGAUUUUACACAUGGCUGGAGGGUUUGUGUUUUGUGUUUCGUGUGUUCUACCGUCUGAUCUCCGGCCUCCACAGCAGCAUCAACAUCCACCUGUGUGCCGAAUACCUGCUGGACGAGGUCUGGGGGAAGUCUGUCUGGGGUCCGAACCUGCACGAGUUCAGACGGCGCUUCGACCCGGCCGAGACCAAGGGCGAGGGCACACGCCGGCUCAAGAACCUCUACUUCCUGUAUCUGAUCGAGCUGCGCGCGCUGACUAAAGUGGCUCCGUACUUCGAGCGCUCCUUCAUCAACCUGUACACGGGAAACUCUCAGGAGGACACCAGCACCAAAGAGCUGCUGCUGCAGGUCCUCAACGAGACCAAAGCCUUCCCCAUGCACUUUGACGAGAGCUCCAUGUUUGCAGGCCAUAAAAUAGAGUCCAAGACACUCAAGGAGGAGUUCAGGCUUCACUUCAAGAACAUCUCUCGGAUCAUGGACUGUGUCGGCUGCAGUAAAUGCCGGCUCUGGGGAACGUUACAGACUCAGGGUCUGGGAACGGCCCUCAGGAUCCUGUUCUCCGAGAAAGAGAUCAAGAGCCUUCCAGAAAACAGUCCGUCCAAAGGCUUCCAGCUCACGCGGCAGGAGAUCGUGGCUCUGCUCAACCGUAAUUCGCCAUUUGGAUUCGCCAGAUGGACCAGGAAGCUGCUGCUGCGUCUGCUCCAGUCAAAGCCGUCCGUCGACAGACUGAGCGGAAAAAUCAGACCAGAUCAGCUCCUAUCAAUUUAA